AUGCAGCCGAAGCCGUACUCUGUGAGCCGAGAGGCCGACCGCAUCUUUCGUGAACAUCUCCUCAAGGACAAGCGACUGCAAAUUCCCUCUAAAGUAGUGGCCCUGGCAGGCAAGACAUUAAUUGACGCGCCUAAUACAAUCGAUACCGCCUAUUUGCCGGUGCCGUUCAAGUUCACCGAGAGCAGCGCCGCCCUAUGGGCACUCGCAACCACCUUUGGCAAUGCCAUAGUGCAGGAGCGAUUCGGCAUAUCGCAAACCGCCCACAUCAAUACCGAUGUUGCAACCCUGUUUCUCAUAUCUGCUGAACUUGCCACUGUCGACGGCAAGCCACUCAAUGACCCCGAGCUCGUUCCUAGACUCCUCAAGGACGACCGUUUCUUCCAUCUCCACGGUAGCAUGAAUCUGGACAGGUCGCUUGCCAUGAUCGGCUUGCCACCCAGCUACGACACGGCUUCUUCCCCUGAGGACAUCUUCCAGUUAUACGCGUCCAAGAUGGUCGAGUUUGACGCUGACUGGCUUGACACCGAGGCAAAUGAGUACUGGCGCCAGGCUGGAACUGUGUGCCUCCCAGAAGAUGAGUUCCACGCCAGUGCUCAGGGCAAGGCCAUUCAAAACGACGGGCUCUACCUCGUCCAGCCAUCAGACGUAGGCAUUCUUGGGCCUGUUCCCUAUCCAAAUGUCCAAGACGCCAGCCGUCGCCUACUCACCUCGCAGCCCGACAUGAGACCGGUCCUCGUCGAGGGCAACCUUGGCAAGCGCGAUGUAUCUCUCGACCUGAAAUCCGAAAAAGGUCGCCAGACGCUGCGACAGCUCAUCCUCGACGCGGACAUUGUGCUUGACGGCUACCGGCCCGGCGCCCUGGAGCGUCUCGGCUUUGGUGAGUCCUACAUACUCACCCUAGCCAGGCGGCGUGGGCGCGGAAUCAUUGUCGUUCGCGAAAAUUGCUACAGAUGGCACGGCCCGAUGGCCUCACGAUCAUGUUGGCAGCAGAUCUCCGACUGCUUCACGGGCGUCUCCUGGGGGAUGGGCGAGUUCCUGGGCCUCAAGGAGCCCAUUGUGCCGCCGCUGCCAAACUCGGACUACCAGACGGGCAUCGUAGGCCUGCUCGGCGUCCUGGCUGCCGUGGACAAAAGGGCGAACGAGGGAGGUAGCUACACCGUCGAUGUCUCCCUGAACCAGACUAACCAAUUUCUUCUAAGUCUAGGCAAACUCCCUCCAGAGGUCCAGGCCAGUCUGCGCGCGCUGCAUCCUGACUUUGCGCCCCGCCGCUCAGAUGACAUGGGAGCCCUCAUAACCAAGUAUCUACAGACAGCAUGCACAAAUACGCCAACGUUAUUCAAGCCCAGGUAUUUCAACCAAAGGGAGAGUAACUAUGGUCGAGCAGACGGAAAGCUCGAGAUGCUUAGAUUCGUUACGUCUCCGACUAAUUUGGAUGUCACAGCGCUUGGAUACGAUGUUGGCAGUUGUUUCCACGGCGCGUACGCCCCUGAGUGGCCUGUCCAAAGUGCCUGA